AUGGGAUCACUUGAGGGUCAUUUGUUACCUGGCACGUUUUUCAUAGUUUUCGGCUUCUGGUGGACAUAUGCUCUCUUUGACCGCUAUUUCAAGAUUCUCGUCGACUCGACUCUCACUAAAAUCCCAAAAGAUUUUGAAUGUACGGCCAGUUAUUCAAGAAUUGAAGGAAUCGUUAAGAUUAUCAGUUCUAUUAUUGUAAUUAAUAUUGAUGGACAUUCCUACAAAUUAGGUGUAGUCGACCUCUCAGUAUAUAAUGGCUAUCCGUUGCCAAAUGGCUCCGAUUAUAUGUCUCUAUUUAUAGCGACGGCUGUCGAGACACUUCUCUUCUGUUUCCAUUUGCACGGA